GGAUGUAUUUACAAUGGAGCCAGAGAACAAUCUACAAGUGAAGAUAGAGGAGUGAAAGCAAACAUGAGACCAGCAAUAAUGUUUUUUAAGGAAGAGUUGGAGGUUGUGAAAAUCACCUCCUCCGAGAGCCAAAUUGUAGUAAAGAUCGAUAAUGUUAGAACAACUGCAACAUCUGAAGUGGUUGCUAUUAACUUGCGUGAUUAUAUCGAGGCUGAUGAAUGCGUGGAUGCAUGUGGAGUCGAUAGGAAAUCUGUCGGGAUCUCAUCAGACACCUUCCUCGAUUCUCAGUUCACUGCCAAGCUAUGCUCACCACAGUGUUACCAGAACUGUCCCAACAUUGUUGAUCUUUAUUACAAUUUGGCUCUCGGAGAAGGAGCAUUUUUAUGUGAUCUAUGCAAAUCUCAACGAGCAAAUUCACGUCUCUCAAUGGCUCAAAUUCAAAGUUUUGGUGCUGCUCUUGGCCCUAUUUCUGCUGCUGCUGGUCCUAUGUCUGCUGCUUCUCCUUCUCCAUCUCCAUCUUCAUCUCUUGAUUGUGCUUCGGCUCAAAUGUAA